CUGUCGGUGGAGAGUGGAAGUGCGUUUGAGCGAGACAAGAUGUCUGGACGCGGAAAGACCGGAGGCAAAGCCAGGGCCAAGGCCAAGACCCGCUCGUCCCGUGCGGGGCUCCAGUUCCCCGUGGGCCGUGUCCACAGGCUGCUGCGUAAGGGGAACUACGCCGAGCGCGUCGGUGCCGGAGCUCCGGUGUACCUGGCUGCGGUUCUGGAGUACCUGACCGCCGAGAUCCUGGAGCUGGCCGGGAACGCGGCCCGCGACAACAAGAAGACCAGGAUCAUCCCCCGCCACCUGCAGCUGGCCGUCCGCAACGACGAGGAGCUGAACAAGCUGCUGGGCGGCGUGACCAUCGCUCAGGGCGGCGUGCUGCCCAACAUCCAGGCUGUCCUGCUGCCCAAGAAGACCGAGAAGCCGGCCAAGGCCAAGUGAAUGUCGGCAGCCCGAGCGACAACCCAACGGCUCUUUUAAGAGCCACCCACUUCCGUCCGAAGAGCCAGAGUUUCUAAAAUCCACUCGAGUUGCAUGACAUAUCAUAUAAUAAAUUAAAAUCCAGUAAACAGCAGUCACCCUAGAAAGAGGCGACCAACUUUAAAGAGGAAUAAACAUGAAAUGCU